CCAUGUUGUAAUUUUAAUCGAGUUCAUUCAGAGGAAUUCAGACACAAAAGAUCAAAAUUUAACUAGUUGUCGUCGACGGAGAAUGCCAAGAUGUUUCCUAUCACAACACAGGGUAUUUCUCCUUUUCUCAGCCCACAGAUGAAUGUUGUUACAGGGCAGCCCGGGCUACAGUUUACUUUCCCACCAAUGACUCAACCUGAGCAGCCUUUAACACCUUCUCAGCUUAUGGGAAUACAACAAGCAUUACAACCCCCACCAGCGAUUCCAUCAUUGACAGGAACUUAUCAACCAUUUGCUGGUCCCCCACCCCCCAUAUCUGCUGCUCCGGAAGGAGACUUUGUGUGUCCCCCUCGCCCUAACCACGGUACCGAGGGACGACCCAUUCUGCUACGCGCCAACCAUUUUCAAGUACGAAUACCGAAGGGCUUCAUCCACCACUAUGACGUGUCCAUUACACCUGAUAAGUGUCCCAGAAGAGUCAAUAGGGAAAUUAUUGAGACCAUGGUGCAGUCCUAUGGACAGAGGAUAUUUUCUGGCGUGAAGCCUGUUUUUGACGGCCGUAAAAACCUGUACAGCAGAGAACCAUUACCAAUAGCUAAAGAAAAGGUGGAGCUAGAAGUGACUCUACCAGGUGAAGGUCGUGAUCGGGUUUUCACGGUGGCUAUCAAAUGGGUAGCUCAAGUCAGUUUGUACAACUUAGAAGAAGCUUUAGAAGGACGGCAACAACAGAUGCCCAUGGACGCCAUACAGGCUCUAGAUGUUGUCAUGAGACACUUACCUAGCAUGACCUAUACACCAGUGGGUCGUUCAUUUUUCUCCCAGCCUAAAGGUUACGAUCACCCCCUUGGUGGAGGGCGAGAGGUCUGGUUUGGUUUUCAUCAGUCUGUUAGACCCUCACAAUGGAAAAUGAUGCUAAACAUUGAUGUAUCUGCCACAGCGUUUUAUAAAGCCCAGCCAGUAAUUGAAUUCAUGUGCGAGGUGUUGGAUAUCGAGAACACAGCCGACCAGAAACGACCUCUCACUGACUCACAACGAGUCAAAUUCACCAAGGAAAUCAAAGGAUUAAAGGUAGAAAUCACACAUUGUGGUACCAUGAAGAGAAAGUACAGAGUUUGUAAUGUAACUCGAAGACCUGCUCAAACACAAUCAUUUCCACUACAGCUAGAUUCAGGUCAGACUGUAGAAUGUACAGUCGCUAGAUACUUCCAUGAAAAAUACAAAAUAAAACUUCAAUAUCCACAUUUUCCAUGUCUUCAAGUUGGACAAGAACAGAAACAUACAUAUCUUCCUUUAGAGGUGUGUAAUAUCGUUGGUGGACAGAGGUGUAUCAAAAAACUCACUGACAUGCAGACGUCAACUAUGAUCAAAGCCACAGCUAGAUCUGCACCUGACAGAGAAAAAGAGAUCAAUAAUUUGGUAUCGAUUGCCGAUUUUAACCACGACCACUAUCUACGUACCUUCGGCAUCACAGUCUCUUAUGACAUGGUAGAGGUCAAAGGUCGAGUCCUAACUCCGCCUAAAAUCCAGUAUGGAGGCCGGACGAAAUCUCAAGCAGUGCCCAAUCAAGGUGUGUGGGAUAUGAGAGGUAAACAGUUUUAUCAGGGAAUUGAAAUCCGUGUGUGGGCUAUUGCUUGUUUCGCUCCAUCAAGAACUGUACGAGAGGAUGCCUUAAGGAAUUUUACAUCUCAACUUCAAAGAAUAUCCAAUGACGCCGGAAUGCCGAUCAUGGGUCAGCCAUGUUUCUGUAAAUAUGCUACAGGCCCAGAUCAAGUGGAACCAAUGUUCCGUUACUUAAAGAACACAUAUCAAGGACUACAGCUCAUAGUGGUUGUUUUACCUGGAAAGACCCCAGUUUACGCUGAAGUAAAAAGAGUUGGGGACAUCUUGUUUGGUCUAGCCACUCAAUGUGUUCAGUCUAAAAACGUGAACAAAACCACUCCCCAGACACUGUCCAAUCUGUGUUUAAAAAUCAACGUUAAGUUAGGAGGUAUUAACAGUAUCUUGUUACCAAGUAUCAGACCUCAAGUAUUCCGAGAGCCAAUCAUAUUCCUUGGAGCUGACGUGACCCAUCCGCCAGCUGGUGAUUGUAUGAAACCAUCCAUUGCGGCUGUCGUAGGUUCGAUGGAUGCCCAUCCUAGUCGUUACUCGGCAACCGUCCGAGUUCAGCAGCAUCGUCAAGAAGUUAUUCCAGAGUUAUGUAACAUGAUUCGAGAAUUAUUGAUCCAGUUUUAUAAAUCCACCCGUUUCAAACCAACCCGGAUUAUAUUCUACAGGGAUGGUGUGAGUGAGGGACAAUUCCAAACGGUAUUAAGCAGUGAGUUACGAGCUGUGCGAGAAGCCUGUAUGAAAUUAGAGGUGGGGUAUCAACCAGGCAUCACCUUCAUUGUGGUGCAGAAACGUCACCACACCCGUCUCUUCUGUGCUGACCGUAAAGACCAAACUGGCCGAAGUGGAAACAUCCCCGCCGGCACUACAGUUGAUGUUGGUAUCACUCACCCCACAGAAUUUGAUUUUUAUCUUUGUAGUCAUGCUGGAAUCCAGGGAACUAGUCGCCCUUCACAUUAUCACGUGUUGUGGGAUGAUAACCGUUUCACUGCUGAUGAACUCCAAAUCUUGACCUACCAACUGUGUCAUACGUAUGUUCGCUGUACUCGCAGCGUGUCCAUACCGGCCCCAGCUUAUUAUGCACAUCUCGUUGCCUUCCGAGCUCGAUAUCAUCUGGUGGAGAAAGAUCACGACAGUGGUGAGGGCAGCCGUCAUUCAGACAACAGUGAAGAUCGUACUCCAGCCUCCAUGGCCCGUGCUGUCGCCAUUCAUCCAGACACAACUAAAGUCAUGUACUUCGCCUAACAUCUUCCUUGUCACAUGAUUACCAUAUUUGGAAUUCACUUCCUUAUAUGGAAAUUGCAUUCAAAUCCAUAUAUGGGCAUAUCCCAGGUCACAUGAUUGCCAUAUUUGGAAUGCUUAUUCGUGUAUGGGCAUAUCUUGAAGUUUUUAAUCUCAAAUCAUAUUAAUACCAUAUUUGGAAUCCUUGUCCUUAUAUGGACAUUUAUUCAAAAAAUCUUUAAAAUGGCUUUUGUGCCCCUUGCUAUAUAUGGUACAUAAACAGAAUUUCCAUAUUUGGAAAUCAAGACCAUGUGACCACCAUUUUUGGAAUCCCAGAUCAUGUGAUCACCAUAUUUGGAAUUCAUCCCCUCUAUUGCCAUAUAUGGAAGUCAUGUGAUGUCCAAAAUGGCUGUGAAUCCUAAUUGAAUGAAAUGAAAUCUUAAUCAUUAAAAUUUUAUUUAUUUUAUCUUUUUUUUUUUAAUCUUCGCUAUUUAAUUAUCAAUUGUGCUAAUUAUGAGCUAAGCUCAAAAUAUGUCUGUGGAGAACAUGUUCAUUCCAUUGUUUUAAGAUGUUUUUUAAAGCAAAUCAUGUCAAAAUAUCAAAUGUCCAGUCAUUUAUUUACUUAUUAAGAUGAUAUUUUGGAGGAAAUGGUUGCAGAAUUAUUUCUGUGACAACCAAUCGUGUCAAAAUAUCAAAUAUUCUGUCAUUUAUUUACUUAUUCAGAUAAUAUUUUGGAGUAAUUGGUUGCAGAAUUCAUUUGUGACAACCAAUCACGUCAAAAUAUGAAGUAUUCAGUCCUUUAUUUACUUAUUAAGAUGAUAUUUUGGAGGAAAUGGUUGCAGAAUUAUUUCUGUGACAACCAAUCAUGUCAAAAUAUCAAAUAUUCAGUUAUUUAUUUACUUAUUCAGAUGAUAUUUUGGAGGAAAUGGUUGCAGAAUUCAUCUGUGGCAACCAAUCAUGUCAAAAUUUUUAUCAAUUACUUUUUUAAACGGUCAGUAAAUCAAUAUUUUGGCAGCAUUAGUUGUUAAAUUUAACUCAUGCAACCAAUUGUGUCAAAAUAUAUCGCAGUCAGUCAAAUGUUUACCAUGUUAAGUUGAUUUUUAGGCAGAAAUGGUUGCUGAAGUCAGCUGUUUUGUUGAAUGAAAAAUGUCGGACAUGUUUUUAAAUAUUUUAUCAUGAAAUUUUUUCAAAUAUUUGUUGAAUAAAAUUAAUUUUAUGCCUCAAAAUGAAAUCAUCAAAAUUUCUCUAGUCCCAGUCUUAUCACCUACUAUCAGUGUGUCAUUGAGUUUUCAACUUUUUGUUUCUUCAAAUUCAGUUUUUCAACUCCUUUCUUCAACCUUAUACCGUUGUUAAAAAACACCUGAGACCACUUUGAGCUUAUGAAUUUGAACAUUCUGUGCUGACAUUGGAUAUCUGUGUCCUGUAGGGAAGGACAGUUGACAAUUUAGAGAGUCCGUUGAGUUUUCUUCAACCAAUUUGGCUCUUUUUUUUUCAACAUAUACGGCUGUUUUGAUCCCCCAAAAUAUUAGUCUGAAAUUUACUGACCCCUGCGUGGUCUCUUUUUCUCAAUUUUGAAAAUGAACUUUCUUACAAACCUGCAAACAAAAGGCAAAUUUUUUCAGGUGAAAUUCAUGUACUGCUUAAUCACAAAACGCAACGCCCAAAUCUAUAUUUCAUCAGUUUGGACAAAUUUGUUUCACCAUCAAAAUAUGGACACCACCCAAAGUGACGUCAUAUUUUAGCUCGAGAUUGGAUGACAUCACUAUUCAAUAAACCCUACAAAUUAGAAAUAUCUUCGCUGUGCGUUUGUUUGGUCAGUCAGCCAUUUUGGACUAAUCAAAACGGACCAGUCAAAAACAAAUUGCGUACAAAAUACUCAAAAUCAUUUGCUGCCCAUGAUUCAAAAUUCUCAUAUUCAAAAAAAUUAAUCGCGGCUUUUCAAAUCUGAGCUCAAAAUGUCAAAUUUUUUUGUUCAAAAUGAAUUUAAAAUCCAAAAGAAAAUGUCUCAAAAUUCUUUUCGUAACCAAAAAUAUCAAAACUAAGGAAAUCACCAUAUUUUGAAAUCCCCACCAAAAUUCCAGUACUAAAGAUUCCCACAGACAAUUCCAAUUUUUUUUAAUUUAAUGUCAUUUUUGGUGAUGGUUUUCGUUAAUAUGUUAUUUUUGAGAGUUCACAUAGGAAUGAUUGUGGAAAAGUUUCUAAAUUUUGUAUGUGUAUCAGAAGGGACUUUGUUAGUGGAAUUGCAGGUAUCACAGACGUCUGAUUGAAAAUUGAAAUGGUACAAAUUGAUGCUAUCAGUGUCCCUGAUACACAUAGAAAAUUUAGAAAACUUCUUUACAAUCCCUUUAAUUCAUUUUAGUUGAAUUGCCAAAUCGACAUCCUUAGCUAAGCAAAGAAAUUUGGGCACAUACAUGGACUAUUCCAAAUGUAAACCAGAAUAGUCUAUUUUAUAUUUAGGUAAUAUAAGUGGUAAUGAACACAAUAAAAUCAGACUGGCAUGGUUUCUAUUACUAUUUAUUCUACCUUUAAGUAAAAUGGACUGCUCCUGUUUAAGCUUAUCUUCAGAAUGUCAAGCUAUUGUGAACUUUGUCUUAUACCUUGACUGCAAUAGCCACCUUUCUUGUAUCUUCUCAAUGUCAAGUUAUUAUGAACUUUGUCUUAUACCUUGACUGCAAUAGUCACCUUUCUUGUAUCACAGAAGUUUGUAAAUGAAGCAAUUUGAUUGGAUUAUAAGUCUGUUAGGGCAUACAAUCUAAUCAAAUCGCUGCAUUCUGUGAUACAAGAAUAGUGGCUAUUGCAGUCAAGGUAUAAGUCAAGGUUUGUAAUAUCUUGACAUUGUGAAGAAAAUUGACAUUGCAGUCAAGGUAUUACACGUAGUUUGUAAUAGCUUGACAUUGUGAAGAUACAAGAAUAGUGGCUAUGGCAGUCAAGGUAUAAGAGGAAGUUUGUAAUUGUGAAGAUGCUGAACACAAAUUUCUUUGUCUUCUCGAGUUGCCAAUGUUUGCAACGGGUAAAAUUUCAGUGACGAUUUGUAUACCAACGCCAUUUUAUAUCUAGAAGUUGCCCAAAGAAAAAAAAUGAAGCUUAUUUUAAUGAUAGGAAUAUUUUAUUGUAAAUAGUCUAUAUUUAUCCAAAAAAUUAUCAUAAAUGUUGUCUUUUAAUGGUGGAGAACUUUAAAUUUGAUUGGUGCUUUUAUUUCUCAAGCAACCAAUCAAAAGUAAGCCGGGAUAUCUCCAUUUUUAUAUGCAUAUUUUAAAACUUUUGAAAUUUCCAACUUGAUGUGUUGAAUUGGGUUUGAACAAACUGCUUGGUAUUGUCCAACCAAACUUGCCAAAAUAUAUUGUUCUGUAGAGCUUUAGUCAACUGUGGUUUUACAUUUUGGCAUAUUUGAUCUUGCAGGGAAACCAAACCCACCAAAAUUUAAUGUGUAGUAAACAUUUAUUGAAAGAGUAUUUGAUAUUUUGGCAUAUUUCGUUGGAAAUUUCAAACAGAAAGUUGAAUAUAUCAUAUUUUGAUUCUAGUUUCAUACUUGCCUCAAAGCAAUAAAUUCUGCUGCUUAGAUUUAAGGUACAUGGACAGCGAAAUCAGCCAAAAUAUAAUGGUUUGAUUCCAAAAAUUAAGCGACGCAUUGAAUAUUUUGGCUGAUUUUGCUGACUAAAUUUAGUUAUUUUGAAACCUAAUAGAAUUUUGCUGAUCUUGCAAUAACUCAUGGAAUUUUUGAUCAAAUUUGAACAAAACCCUGCAAAAUUCAUUAUAGAUUUAGAAAAAGCUAGUAAAUGAUUUAAUAUUUUGGCUUAUUUUGCUGCUUAUAUAUAUAUAUAUAGAAUUAAGGGACCAAUUUUUGGAAUUUUCGUACAACGAUAAAAUACAAGCAUUUCAGCCUCUUUAAGGGACACUCGUCCCAAAAAUUCAUUUUUUUGGCAUAUUUGCAUGUGUUAAGUCCCAAAGCAUAUAGGUUCCUAUGCAAAUUUUGGAAAAUAUCCAAUUUAUGAAUUCUAAGCCCCCUUUUUAAUCCACGAAUAAAUUAAUAUAUAUGAUUUUUGAAUCAAAUUAUGCGAAUAAUUUUAAAUGAAUUGAAAUAUCAAGUUUUAAAGUUGGGUUUCCUUAUUUUUUAGUGUCAAAUUAAAGAUGGGUUUCCUUAUUUUUUAGUGUCAAAUUAAGCAAACUAUUUGAUUAAUUGGUGUGUCUAAUGAAUUAUCAUGUAUUCUUAAUCAUAUCAUUAUGUUCUUAUUGCAUAUAAUUAAGAGUUUUAACCAAUCAUAAAUGACCAUGUACAGUCUGGAU